ACUCAUUCUAAAAACAAAAUUUUGCAAGUUAACAACGUAUAAAAAGCAAGAGAACGAAAACAAAUAAAAUAAAUAAUAAUUAUAAACAAUUAGAAACAUUUACAGAAAUAAUUAAAAGCAAAUCAACAAAUUAAAAACAAAUAUUUAUUAAAUAGAGUGAUUUUGAAACGGUAAAUAAUAAAAAAAUUGUGAAAUUUAACUAGAGAAGUAAAGAAAGAAAAAAGCAAAGCAAAAAGACAAAACCAAACACGAACAGACAAGAGAAAGCUUCUUGUUUAUUUUUUUACACAAUUUGUUUUUAGUUUAUAUUGUUUUGCGAAAAAAAAAAAAUGGAAAAUUUAGAAGAAUCUGCAGAAGUAAUAACAACCACUACACCAGAUUUGGUAGAAGAGGUAAUAGCCACAUUGGAUUCAGGGCCACCUCUUCUUGCUGCCACAACAGACUCUGACGAACUCGAUGAUUCCGUGCAAAUAAUAGAAACUCCUAUAGAAGUAUUAGAUUUAACCUCACCACAGCCCUCAACAUCCACCACUACGACCUGCUCCAGCGGUGCGGGCGCUGUAGGAGCAGCUGCAAGUGCAGUGAAAAGAAAUUUAGAAGAAACCUUGAAAAAAGAAGCCAAUAACACGGAUUUGACGUGCACUUUAGAUCAGCAACCCUCAACCUCUAAUACAGCUGCUUCCACAGCUAGCAGCAGCAACACUACGAAUCUCUUGGAAUGUCCUAUUUGUUUACAAACUUGCAUACAUCCAGCUCGUUUGCCCUGUGGUCAUAUAUUUUGUUUCCUUUGCGUAAAAGGUGUAGCUUAUAAAAAUCGUCGUUGUGCCAUGUGUAGACGUGAAAUACCUCCGGAAUUUCUAGAUCAUCCACAACUAGUUAAUGGCAUAGAAGAUAUUUGCACAACAAAAGCCACAGAUGAUGGUUAUCAAUGGUUUUAUGAAGGACGUAAUGGUUGGUGGCAAUAUGAUGAUCGUACUAGCCAAGAUCUGGAAGAGGCCUAAAAAGGUGAACGUUCUUGCACUAUUCUGGUAGCUGGUUAUGUUUAUAUUGUUGAUUUUGAUGCCAUGAUACAACAGCGACAAAAUGAACCGGCUCGUUGUCGUCGUGUUAAACGUGAUUUAGCAACAAUACCCAAAAAAGGUGUAGCUGGUCUACGCAUUGAGGGUAAUACGGUAACAACUGAUUCCAAUUUUGCUGCCCAAGUCUAUCAGAGUCGACAGAAUAGAUAUCGUAGUGGCGAAUUGCUACAUGAGGCAGACUUGGAAAAUCCCGACAAUCCCAUAUUACGUACACACGGCUCCAACGAUCCAGCUUCACCCAAUGCUCAGGGACGUUUGCGUUUACCCUAUGGUGGUUUGGGAGGUUAUGUCAUUGAACUUGGUAAUCCCAGUGAGUUUGUAUCGACAGCUGCUGCCACAGAUGCUGCCCUACGUAUAGCCAGUGAUAUAAUUGGAUCAACACUCGCCCAUGCUGAUGAACUAACACGUUCGAACAGUAAUAAUACGCCCUCCACUUCAGCCAAUGCCUAUCAAAAUCAUCUUCAUCAUACACUAAACCAGCCAGAAACUUCUUUAAAUUCAUCCAAUAGUGAGGCUAAUGUAAAUGAUUUAGCACAUCUUAACACUUAUUCAAAUGCAAUACCUGUCACGGCGAACAGCAAUACAGCUGCUAAUGGUUUAAAUUUAUUAUCAAGCAAUAGUACUAAUGGUGGUGGUGUAAAUAUUUCACGUGAAAGAGGUAGCCGUGAAUUACUGGGAGCUGCUGAAGACUUACUGGGCGCUACACAACGUGUUAUAGCUACCGCUGAUCAGCCCACUAUAGAUUUAUUUGAACAAACUUUAAAUGAUUUUCAUGCUUUAACUUUACGCAAUAUACACGAUUCUAGUGAUGAUGAUAAUGAUGCUGAACAGCAGCAGCAGCAGCAACAAACACAUUCUACUCCUACUGGCCAAAGGUCUUCUUCACAUUCAUAUAAUCAGGAUAAUCCCUAAAUCUAAAUGCAAUUCGUACUUAAAAGCGAACUAAAAUAAAUUAGCCCCUUCCCUCCCAAUCUCAUCUCAUCAUCCUAUAAAUAAUAUUUAACUAUAACUACAAUAAUAUUAUAAAAAUUAAUUAAAAAGAAAAAAAGUAUAAAACAGCAAAGUAUUCCUUACAACUAAUAAACAAAAUAAAACAAUAAUUAUAGAAAAUAUAUUAAACAAAAUAAUAUUUUUGUGCAAAAUAAGCAAAACUUAGAGACAACAUUAAAGUAAUAAUAAAAGACCAGAGGUUCCUUGCUAUAAAAAAAUACAAAAAAAAAAAAUUAAAACAUAAAAAAAUACAUCAAAACUAUAUACUACCGAGUUUAGAAAUUACAUGUUACAACAGAUUACAUUAUAAAAAAAAAUAUAUAUAAAAAUACUUACAGUAUAAAAAAUGCUCUUUUUAGAAAU